UCAGAAGUAGUUUUAAUGGAGCUGCUGCUUCGCUUCAUUGCUGCUGAAGCUUCCACUGUGACGUCACGAGGCCGGGUGCUGGCCAUAAUUGGAGAUGUGCGGGAGCUCUGUUGUUCUGCACACGCGCACGCGCGCCUCAGCCUCGCCUGUAUCCGAACCGUCUGCGUGCACCACACCGGCAGAACAACGCUGGAGGCGCGGAGAUUCACUGCGAACGUCGCCGUCCUGCUGCUGUUUGUUUCGGUGUGUCUCAUGGCCGUCCUCUUGAGACGUGGUCUCUCGGCCGCCCUGCAUCGUGCCCUCGGCCGCCCCCCCCCACCGCCUGCUGCUCUCCUAGGAGCAUGUAGGACGAAGAAGACGUGGCCGGUGAGCUUCCCUCAGGAGGAGCUGAAGAGAAUGAACUCACGGCACAGUACGCGUGACCCAGGAGAGGAAAGUGCCUCCAGUGGAGGCUUCACUCAUCAUAAAGAUGAGGGCUCCUACACCUGUGUUGUGUGUGGGGCCGUGCUGUUCAGCUCGAACACUAAAUUUGACUCUGGGUCGGGUUGGCCGUCCUUCUCCGACCUCGUGAAGGAGGAGGCCGUCACCGGGUCGGAUGACUUCUCCCACGGGAUGCACCGAGUGGAGACCACCUGCAGCCAGUGCGGCGCUCACCUGGGUCACCUGUUCGACGACGGACCCAGACCCACGGGCAAACGCUACUGCAUCAACUCGGCCUCCUUGGCUUUCCGGCCCAAAGACGGGGCCUCCCCCUCCCCCGCCCCCGUGGCCGAGGGCGGAGCCUCCGAGGGCGGAGCUGCGAGCGACGGGAAGGCGGAGCUCUGAAGGACACUCGUAGAACCGCAGCGAGAGUUUACACGCAUGAAGUAGUUCUGUAUUCUUUAAAGAUCGAGCUGGUGAAGGAAGGAAGAAAGGAAGGGAAGGAAGGAAGGAAGGAGGAAAGCAAGCAAGGAAGGAAGGAGGAAAGCAAGGAAGAAAGAAAGGAGGGAAGGAAGGCAGGAAGGCGCUCAGGCCAGUGAGAAUACCCUGAAGUAUAAUCUAUCUCGAGGGGAACGUUCACGCUACCAAGACAGUCACAGUUGCCUUUAAGGAAACGACUUAUUCCCUUCACUCCUUUUUAGUUUCCCUUUUUGGGCUGCUAAUUUAAACACGGAUGAAAUGCUGUGUCGUAGUCGAUGCACGUAUAUAAAACAUAGAGCUUUUAUAUAUUUUAUUAGUCUAUUUUCUAAGUGGUGUUUGAUACUGAGACCGAUACUGUGUCCUGUGGUCUUGAGGUCACUUCCUGUUUGUUCCUUUAGGUCUUUGCAGUCAUAAAUAUAGAAACGUAUUUUUCCGCUUGUGUUCACGGCUUCUAAACAUACUGGAAGAAUAAAAUAUGGAGAAAACAUUCUGA